GUGGCAUGCAAAUUGCUUUUGAAUGAUUUUUUUUUUUUUCUCUUCCCUGGAUCGCCAGCAUCUUCGUUCCCGCAGUCGUUUCACUUCCGCGCCGGGGUGGGGGGCUCUGUGAGAGCAGGACGGGAGCGUGCACAUCUGGGAUCUCGUGGGUCGUGCUCUCACUCCACCCAUUUGCUGCUCACCAAUUGGAAGUGCGAGCGAAAGAUGCCCUGGAUGGAUUCAUAUCGGAGACGCCGAGGAGCAGCAAGCCACUGCCUCUUGCCACCUGAAUGCUAGUGGCACUGGAAAGCAAGGGAUGUGGCUUGAUUAGGAGCUCUUUAGGGAAGACGGCAAGCCCAGGGGACCUAAAGGUGUUUGCAGCUUUUAACAGCACCAAUCUUUUUCUUUUUUUUCUUUGAGAAGUAGUGCAGAAAGCCCACCAGCAGCGAUGUCCAGAAAUGGGUACUUUUUUGAAGAGACUGGUUACCUUAAGUGUGACACAGAUGAUGGCUGCGAGAACAAAGAAGAAGCAGGAGGAGAAGAGCUCUUUGACACUGUAAACUCUUCAAUCGUGUCCGGGGACAGUAUCCGGUUCUUUGUGAAUGUCAAUUUGGACGUACAACAGAAUGUAGCUGCUGAAAAUGAAAAUGCUGGCUGUGUGUUGUUACAUACGUCUCGGAAGUACCUGAAAUUAAAGAACUUCGAGGAGGAAGUCCGAGCCCACCGGGACCUGGACGGGUUCCUGGCCCGAGCUAGCAUCAUCCUGGAUGAAACGGCUACUUCCUUGGAUGACGUGCUGCGGGAAAUGCUGAAACACUUUGCGGAAGAUCCUGACAACAUGGAGCCAAGCUGCAACUUUGAAAAAAUCAUGAGCACUUUAUUUACCGAUUCAGGAACCCCUCGGGAAGGGAAUGUUCAUCUCCUAUCAGAUACAAUUCAGGGGGUCACAGCAACGGUCACGGGAGUGCAGUAUCAACAGUCCUGGCUCUGUAUCAUUUGCACUAUAAAGUCCCUUCAGCGACGUCACGUUUGCAUCAGCCGCCUGGAGAGGCCUCAGAACUGGGGAGAAAACUCCUGCGAAGUGAGAUUUGUGAUACUGGUGCUCGCUCCUCCGAAGAUGAAAAGUACAAAAACUGCCACGGAAGUGGGUAGGACGUUUGCCACCAUGUUUUCAGAUAUAACUUUCCGGCAGAAGCUUCUGGAAACAAAAACGGAAGAAGAGUUUAAAGAAGCUUUAGUUCAUCAACGCCACCUCUUGACUGUGGUGAACCAGAGACCCUCGGCAGUGAACGACGGGCACAAAACGCACAGCCACAAGCCGCUCAAGUUGCAUGACUUUUUCAAUGUUGGCAAGGGGAUUUUUGAUGACAUUGCACGAAGAUUUCCAGUGUACGCUCUGGACUUCACUGACGGUAUCAUUGGUAACAACAAGGCCAUAGGAAAGUACAUCACGACAAUGAUCUUUCUGUAUUUUGCCUGCCUCCUACCAUCUAUUGCCUUUGGCUCCCUGAAUGAUGAGAACACAGGAGGAGCUAUUGAUGUGCAGAAGACGAUCGUGGGGCAGUGUAUCGGAGGACUGCUCUACGCUCUGUUCUCGGGGCAGCCUCUAGUUGUGCUCUUAACCACGGCUCCUCUAGCGUUGUACAUUAACGUGAUCCGAGGAAUCUGCGACGACUACAAUUUGGAUUUCAGUGCUUUCUAUGCCUGGAUUGGACUGUGGAACAGUUUCUUCCUUGUGCUGUAUUCCCUCUUUAAUUUCAGCCUUGUAAUGAAGCUCUUUAAAAGGUCAACAGAGGAAAUCAUUGCGCUUUUUAUAUCCAUCACAUUUGUGUUUGAUGCCAUCAAAGGCAUCAUUAAAGUUUUUAAGAAAUAUUACUACCAGGAGCCCGGUGGAGAGAGUUACUUGAAAAGCACACGGAUGGAAGCCCUUCCAAGCCUUGACGUCAAUACUACCUUCUUGAUGAACUCCUCUGCGAGCAGGUCCAUGUCCCUAGGGAAUCAGACGGGCGUGAAUGACGUUGUCCAUUAUGGGCGCGAGACUGCUGUCCUGAGUCUCAUGUUGAUGUUGGGCACUCUUUGGCUUGGCCACACGCUGUAUCAGUUUAAGAAGAGUCCCUACUUGCACGCCAGAGUCCGCGAAAUCCUGUCCGACUGUGCCUUACCCAUUUCUGUUCUAACCUUCUCCAUCGUGGGAUCCUAUAUCUUCAAGGAAAUAGAAAUGUCCAAAUUUAACUACAACCCCUCUGAGAGCUUGUUUGUUCUGGCUCCGGUCCGUUCCCUCUCGAUCGGCUCCGUGAUGAGUGCAAUGGGCUUGGGGUUCCUGCUUUCAAUGCUGUUCUUCAUAGAGCAGAACAUCGUGGCGUCGCUCACAAACGCUCCAGAGAACAGAGUUUAUUUCAGGUUAGUGAAAGGCACAGCCUAUCACUGGGACCUCCUCCUUGUAGCUCUGAUCAACACGGGGCUGUCCGUCUUCGGGCUGCCCUGGAUCCACGCGGCGUUCCCUCACUCCCCGAUGCACGUCCGAGCGCUGGCCUACGUGGAAGAGAGGGUGGAAAACGGGCACAUCUACGAGACCAUCGUGAGCGUGAAGGAAACCCGACUGACCAGCCUCGUGGCCAACUUCUUGGUGGGGCUUUCGCUCUUGCUGCUGCCUUUCCCUCUGCAGUGGAUCCCGAAGCCAGUCCUCUAUGGCCUCUUCCUGUACAUCGCCCUGACCUCCAUUGACGGGAAUCAGCUCUUCGAGCGAGUGGCCCUCUUGCUGAAAGAGCAGACUGCUUAUCCACCGACCCAUUACAUUCGCCGAGUCCCUCAGCGGAAAAUCCACUAUUUCACAGGCUUGCAGGUCCUCCAGCUCUUCAUCCUCUGUGGAUUUGGGAUGUCGCCGUUACCCUACAUGAAAAUGAUUUUCCCUCUCAUUAUGAUAGGAAUGAUCCCAAUCAGGUAUAACCUGCUUCCUAGGAUCAUCGAAGCAAAAUAUUUAGAUGCUAUGGACGCAGAGCACUGAAAACGAACCUCGGCUCUCGGGACGGUUAGCUGCGUUUCAGACGGAAAGGACCCGGCAGCCUCGCUGAGAUGUAGAAAGACUUACCUGAAGUUCUCUUGGCUACAACUCUCCUGACUCCUCUUUCUGCUCUAGUACGGCACUCAGUGACAGACUAUCAAAGACCAAACGAGCUUUCAAGUGUCAAACCCAAACCGUAUUGGAUUGGCAGGCCAGUGCUCUUCAGAGAUUUGAGGCAAGCAAGCUUUAUGGAAAUGUCACCUUCUACAUCCCCCUCCAAACCGGAAGUCCCAAAGAUCGACCUUCCUAUCUGGAUUGCACUUUGCUAGGGUUGCUACGUUCCCUUGUUUAAAGGGGCAAUCCCUCCUUUUUUUUUUUUAAAUACACAGGGUCCCACUUCCCAGAACACUCUUGGUGUGUAAGGAUGGCAACUGACCCUUAUUUUACAGCAUUGCAGUAUAAUUUGGGGCUAGGAUGCAGCGUCCCAAAUAUCUACUCUUCUUAAGGUGACCUUCCAAGUGGGGUAGCUGAUGCCAGAAGGGAUGUCCAGCCAGCGCUUCACACUGAUUGAUUAGGGGAAAGGGUUGGAAUUGGAAGCAUCUGGGGGUGGGUUUGUACCAGUUCAUCUAAGGCUGUAAAGUGUGUUGUAUUUAAUUUCCUCAAAUGUACCCGAAAUGCUCAGAAGCCGGAUUGGUGUUGUGAUGCUGACGGAGAACUCGCAGCUGGGUCUCAGCCGCUCGGGAGUUGUUGGGAUCUGCUUUAUACCCUUCCUUCUCGGCAUUCAAACGUGGGACUGUAGGUUUGCACAGCAGCCAGUGCCUCGGCUGUGCCCAGAUUCACCUGGAUGCUGCCAGCUGGCAAAAUCUAGUCAUGUAUUAAUGUUCACCUAUACAUAUGUACAGUAGUGCCUAUGUGUACAUAUAUACAUACAGAUCUGUGUAUAUAUUUUGCAUAUAAUAUACAUAUACUGGAUAUAUAUAUAGGCGCGUUCUUUCGAGAUCCGGAAAGUGUUCAUGUGCAAUCAGUGUUAUCCGUUGCUAUCUUGCCAUAUACUUGUUCCUUGCUUCAGGGCUUAUUUUUUUCUCUCUUACAAGACACGACUGUCACUUUUUUCAAACUCCCCAGUUACUACUAUUUUUUUGUUAAUGUACUCCUAGAUUCAAAACAUCUCUUGCAUUUUUUUUCUUAGCCCUUGGCCUCAGUAACCUGCAUCACGCUGUCUGAAUGCUUUCUGACAUGUGAAUUUUCCAUUUAAUUUUAAUGUACAGCGUUGACCGAAAUUUUUUGUUUUGUUUCUGCCUAAUCGAUACUUGUCUGCCACUUCAGUACUUCCAUUUUGUAGCUAAACUCUCCAUUUCCCAGACGUUGCAUUAUAUUUCUGGAUGAAGUCUGACUCUCCUGCUGUCUGUUUUUAGAUUUCUGGGUUAAUUUUGCCUGUACUAUGGUCAGUUUUUUUGGUUUUUUUUAAUUCAAAGUACUGUGAAGCAAGCUUUGGUUCUGUGUUUACCUGCGUUGAUCCGCAGCGCAGUUUGGUUUUGUUUUUUCCUUGAAAAGAGUGGCAUAUCAGAGAUGAUCUUUUUUUUUUUUUUAAGGGGCAGAAAUUAGGACAACUUUGUAAAAUGCAGACUUACAGCAGAUUAUUACAGGAAAGAGUUUGGAGGAGAGUGUUUGCAUAAUAAUUGGCAGUUGGGUUUAUCAGGCUGCAUUGGCAAUCAGGCAUUUUUACUUCAUUAAAGCAUUGAAUGCUACCUGAGAGAGUAGAUGCUGGAGCCAAACUCUCCUGCUAAAACUAAACAUGUAUGCCUAAACAACCCACUGAAUAACUCGUGGGGUUGCCUUCGGCUUUUAACUAAAAAGCAGAGUUUUCUAUUUUUUUUCAAAGUUCUCAAGUUUCCCGUUGACAUCUGAUGGAGCAUCGGCCUGUUUUAAAGGCUGUAUCCUGCUGCCUUAGGAUAAAGGUUUAACCCAGGAAUGGCAGAGACUGGAGACACUGUUUCGUUAGCAACCGAACCUGCCUUGCAAGACCUCAAAAAUGUGAUCUGCAUGUGGGUGCCACUCAAUUCUUAUAGAACUGCUUUAAAGGGACACCCCCAAUAAAUGACAUUUAGGCAUUGCUAUGGAUUUGUUUCUCUAAGACAUUCCUAGGUAAACAGUAUUUUUUUAAAAAAUUGCUGUGGAAACAAAUGUGGCAAUACAGAGAAGUUCAACUGCGUGAUCAAGAACAAGACAAAUGACAGGAAAUUGUGAACACCUUAACUAAUACCGAGUCAGGCCCGUAAUAAAUCCACGAGCAAUCGCUACAAAGCUCCCAAAUGAACGUACGGCUCUGCCAGAUGAGUUGGCUAUUUAGCAAACAAAGCCACGGGUGGUUUAGAGGGGAGGAUGCAUUGGGUGGCGAUAAGGACCCCAAUGUGGUCUAAUCCGCAGAGAAAGGCCAAGCGACACGGUGAGAGCGCAGUAUUGAUGUUCGCUGUCAGAUGUGAAGUGUAACAGGGCAGCAGUGCUCUGCAAUCCUUAAACUCAUGCUUUCUUCUCCAAGUGUCAAAUGCAGUGGACAGAUUCCCCUGAGAGCAGAUGGGCAUCUCCCCUUUUUUCCUCUCUUUAAUACUUUGGGGUGACCCGUGUAGGGUGAAUAUGGGCACUCCUUAUUAACAGCUUUCUGGUGUCAUCUCUUUUUGGUCACUGAUACCUGGGUUCUCAGCGCUUGUGUUUCGUUAACAGUUCACCUUGCAAUGAAGAAACUUAGAUUGCAGGUGUGAAAAGGGGACCCUGCCACAGGAUUUAGUCUGACUAUGCGGGAGAGGGGUGGAGUCGGUGUCCUGCAACAGCUGUUUUUUGAGGGCAGUUCACUCCUGGGUGGAAUCUCCUGAAAGGUUAAGUGGUAUACAGGUCCUGGGUUAGCCUCUUGUCUUGACUUUGGAGAAAUGUAACCCUGUAUCUUAUUGCAGAGAAACCUUCUGCCUAGCCUACAAGCUGCGCUAAAUAUUUCAUGUCUAACAGUGAACCGUAGAAGUAGCACGGGAGCAAGUUAGCACAGCAUUCGUCGCUCAUCUUGUUCACAUCCCAUGAGCCACACCCUGUCAUUUCUGCGACCGAAUGUCACGUUCAGUAGGCUGCAUUGCAGCGAACAGGAGGUCUUGCAGGAGCUGAAUUUUUAAAAUGAGACCCGUCUCUGCUUUGAGGAGAGGUUGCCCUUUAUCUUGGGUUUGCCCGUCUCUGAAAACAGCCCGUUCAGAUACACUGACAAGCAUUGCUAAAUGAAGUUGUAUAAAAUGCAAAUAGCUGCUGCUUAAUGCGCUUGGAGGUGCAUUUAACCUUCGUUGCUAAAGUAGGCGUGCAGAGUACUUGUUGUUGCUUUAUAAAUAGUUGUUGUGUGAUUUCAGUCAUCUUUGUAUUUUUCUUUGUAGCAUGAACAUGACUUUAUUUUCCAGGGUAAUUCACAGUAUAAAUCAUGGGCCACAGGAUCAACAGAUGUACAUCAGUAUGGUCUAGUACAAUACGUGGAGCUGUGCUGAUUUAUGCUUGUUGAAAUAUUUAACCCCAUGUUUUAAUAUACGGGUGGCGGAUUAACACCAGAUGCUCUCAAAAUGCUACUCGAGAUCAUAGAAGGUUCAAAAGAUGGAACGAUUUGUCCUAUUCCUGAUCAAAAAUGAGGCUUUUCAUCCACAGACCCUCUAUUCCCUUCCUUCCUGUAAUAAGAGAAAGCUUUCUGGAUGCUUUGGGAUCUGCUGACCUAAGCAGGUAUUUCCAGGAAACAGGCUAACUAAGGAAAGAGAGUUUGCUCCACAGAAAUAGUUCAGCACUUUAAUACCUCUAUGAAGGUAAAGACAAUUAGAAUGUAAAAACCAGAAGUUUUUUUUUUUUCUUUUAUUAUAAGCUCUUUAGAUACGCACAAUUUUAUGUACAAAUAUUGCCAAAGAAUUGGAUCUGAAAAGAUGUUGAUUGCUAUUAAGCGGGCCUUGUGUUGUGUGUUUUUUUUUUUUUUCUUCUCGAAUCAAAAAGUGGUAAAUGCUUCAGAAAUGAGUGGGAUUUUGUAACUUGAAUUUGUCGUCAACAGCUGCCAAAAGUCUGAGAAGGCUGGGAGUAUACAACACUUUUCUUUUUUACUUGUAAAGGCUACAGUGUUUGAUCCCAGUGCGGAAGGGUAGGGCUGGAAGUCAUCCUGAUGAGGUAGGAAUAUCAUUUCAAUUGCUAAAUAGGCUUGUUAGUCUGAAAGUCCUUUUUUAAGCCAAUGGGAUGCGUUUGAUUAUGUUACACGUUGAAGUGGAUACAUUGAUACUUCAUUGUGCAUCAAGGAAUCGUGGAUUGCUGAACAGGCUUAAAAAGCCUUUUUUUUUUUGUCCACCACCCCCCCAGAUUGCUUCGAGUACAAACCUGACACUCCAGAUAACAAAUAAAUACAUUCCAGCAGCAGAGUUUUGAAAUGGUUACCAUAUGGAUGUCAACUGCCGGCUGUCACAUGCUAGCAGAUCCCUAUUUGCUUGGUGGAUUAGAAUAAAAGAAACGCCACUGAAUUCUGCGUAGCGUAUCACCUGGCGAACUACCUAUAAACUAGGGGGGUGACUGACACCAUAUCGAACAAAUAUAACACACUUGCAUGCAGAUAUGUGGCCUACGUAUGUUCAGAGGCGCUUUCGUUGAGAACAAAUAUCACACGAGGGCCAAAAAAAACCCUCUCACCAUUUCCAUCUCUUGCAACACUAAAUUAAAAUGUAUUUUUUGUAGUCAUAUGCACCAUCUGUCUGAUUCUGUUGAAAAACUAGCAUAGGGAAAACUUUGUUCAACAUCACUGCCUUGGGAGAAGCUUGGUUUUGGUUCAAGCCCCUUUAAAUCACCAAGCUUACGCUGGUCUGAACAACUCUCAUCUUGGAGAGGAAAAGGUACAAAGGGAAAUGAGACCUGUGUCGUUUCCCUGAUGCUUGCCUUCGUCUUCCAGAUUUCUGUUAAGCAUUUGCUUAGGGUCCAUCUUGACUGCGGACAUAUUUGCAGUUUAUCAUCCAGAAGCUUGCUGCUUCCUUUUGAAUUGGACUGUAUUUUUUUUCUUAGCCUGCAGAUGUUCUGUGUCUGACUUGAAUGGCAGACAUAAAUGCUUAUUUUAAAGCUAAUAGGCAGCAUCAGAGAGGGCUUAAGUUCAUGAUUUUUUUGGCCUGUCCAUUUCCCAGGUCUUGAUUUGGGUUUCUUCUGAACCACUCCUCCACUCUUCAUACUAACCAUGGCAUGCUCCUCUGCCUCCUCCGCCCGGAGGCCAGCCCCGGGCUUCACUCUAGAGACAUGGCCAACAUGUCAUUGCAGCAGGACUCACAUCCCUCGGAGGCCUUCAGAAAUACCAAGGCCAGCACAAGAGCCCAACAAUACUGUUGCCCACUGUAGCUGCUUUAUGAAGUAGGAAUUGCUCAUAAUGUGAUGCACAGCUUCUGUUAUGUCUCUGUAGAUAGCUCCUUCGCUGGGGCGGUUCAUGCAUAGGGAUGUCCUUUCAUCUGCUGACUUUUCAGAAGCACUUAAAGGGGCACAAUUUUGUGUAGACUUCUAGCACACCUGUGCACACUGUCAGGCUACUGAGUUUUCAAGGUGAAUUUAAGGCCACGUCCCUUAAGCUUGCAAUCCCAUCCCCUUGGCUAUCGACUUAGGUAGCUUGACUGUAAAGACCUGGCAAACGGGGUAUAGAAGAGAGGGAGAAAUGAGCAAAUCUGGGCAUUUUCCUGUUUGUCCCAUUGCAGUGCUGUAAGACUCGUGGCUGCUAGCAUUGUUGCAUCUACCCCCAUUGCUGUCCUUCAAGCUAAGAAAAUGCCUUGGGUGGUUUCUGCCCUAUGGGGCUGUGGCUCGCUCGGUGUGAUCUUGGUGCUGUGUUUGGUACAACUGCCAAGCCCACUUUGGUCCUAAGGAACGUUACUGUGUGCGCUCCUCCCCAGCUGUCAUUGGCAGUAAGAGAGUUCAUUUUCCAAUGCAGCAUGCUCCCUAAGUAGAGGUGGCCCUACUGUGUCAGCUCGUGCAAGGUGGUACUAGCCACAUGCAUCUCUUGCAGAGAAGGCAAACCAGUUCUCGUCACCAAAGCUUGAACUGUGCAGCUAGACGUGGCAGGCAAGCGAUCGUGCUUGUGACCCUCAACCUCCAUGCCUUAUAUGCACACCUCCAUUUCGGCCACUCCUUGACGGGCAGCUUGAAACGCAUUCAUCCAGGCGACUCCCUGCCUGCUGUGAAUAUUGCACAGCUUUCUGGCAAAGGCACUGCCAGUUCUGGUGGAGGAAAUCAGUAGGAGAGAGGAAAGAUCCAGUUGAAUGCAAAAUGAACUUUCCUAAGUUGUCUACUUUCUUCCCUUCAUGUGCCCAGGGCAGAGGGCUGGGAAGAGCUGCUUGGCAGUUAUUUCACCUUAGCCCACGUGAUCAUGGAUUUGAGGAAAACGUGCAUCGGAAUCAAAGAGCCGAUUAUGUCUAUUUGAGCGCAUGACCUGUUGGGUUUGGGGGGGGCAAUGAGUUCAGUUCUUGCUGUGCAUAUAUCAGAAAGUAUUCUUAUUUAGGCUGUUUUUUAUACCUCUGUGUCGGGUAUUUCACAUGACUGCUGCAGUGUAAACUGAUAGGGGUUGCACAGGUGUUUGGGCAGGGAAUAUUUGCAUUCAGGCUCUCCAUGUGUUACCUUGCUUUGCUGGGUGCAGCUGGCUUACUGGUGCAGUGGCUGCUAUGUAGGUGAUUUAGGUAUCCUGUUGUGCUGCUGAUUUUUCUUUUCAGGAAGCGACUGUUUCGCUUCAGUGAGCACCACAGCCCCCUCGCUCCAAACUGAGCUGAUCAGGAGGCGUAUUUAUUUCACAGAGAUGCACGGCAUCGCAGUAAUGUUAUGCACCUUUCAAUUAUUAACAUAUCCAGUUCAUUGUGUAACAUAUCUGCAUUCCCAAGGCUUCUGACUGGGGGGGCUUUGAAGUGAUUCUGGUGGACAGUAACCAAAGCUUUUAAACCUGGGGCAUAUAGCAUGAGGCUUAAAAAUGAAGUGUCCUUGUUGGUUUUUUUCCCCAGAGGUGUUGAGCACUCUGAGUAUAAAGAUGUGUGGAUGCUCAGUACAUAUGAAAGCAGGUCACUUUGCAUCUAGAUGCCCAAAUAGAGACUUAGGAGCCCAAAGGUAAAAACCCAGGUGCAAAAAUUGCAGCUGAGCUUCACAGCUGCAGUCCAAAGAGACCCAGACUCCAAAUGCAGCUGUCCCCAAGGAGGCAAACCCAUCGUUUUGGGUAUGAAGCAUGGCAGCUGAAUGGAAAGCUGGAAUGGUGUCCAUCUACCUGUCGGCUGACUCAGGUGGUUGGAUUAAUUGUGGCAUUCAAUUAACAGAGCAAUUCCACAGCCACCUCUGGAAGGAUUUCGCAGUUACAGACAGCGUACCUGUAUUUCCUUCUAGAGAAGAUGUUGGGCCAAGCUGUGCCUGACCUUCCUUCCCUGCAUGCCACAGUACCUUUGUAUUCCUCCAGCCUUCUCCCGUGAAGACGGGAACGGAGUAAUUAGGGUCAGGCAGUACCAACCAUUUAAUUCUUAUUUCCCUAAAGCAUUUCUCUCUCACGUUCAGGCAAGUCCCUUUGUCUGCAUACGACCCAUAUAGAGAUUGCAUCAAACCAGCUCAUUUACAUUACUUUUUCCUUCGCUUCCCCUGGGAGAUCCCAGGUAAUGGCAUCCCAGGCGAAGCCCUAGCGGGAACACCCCGUGUAACGACGGAGGAGUUCAUCUUCUCCAUUUCCCGAGAGACCUCCAAAAUCCUACAUCCCGCUUGCAUACAAGCUAACGAGGUUUGCUGCUGAGCACAGACAAUCUGUAACGCGCCGGGAGAUGACUAGCGGUGGUUUUAUUUUUCUACACGUCACUUGGAAUGUAGUUUUAAUAUAUUUCUGUACUUUGAUGACCUUUACCAGAUUGGCUGGGAACUAUUCGAUAAAUGUUUGGGGCAACGCACAUGUUCUUAUUUAUAGAGAUACAGCCUAUAGAGAUUGCAUUUGCUAAAUAUGAUCUUAAACGCAUGCCUCUUAACUAGUGUUGAUUUACAGUGAAUGAUUUUCUUUUGAUAAAAGAGUUGCUUCUUGGGGAAGGGGGAGGGGGUGAGAUUCCUUUAUUGUAUAAGGAACUCUGUAUUUAAAAAAAUAAAUGAUUGAAAAGAGAAA